AUGCCCAGAGUCGGAGCACAAUUCUGUCGGUUGCAGUGCAUACUACCACACCAACAUGCUGUCUUCACACUGCAUGCACGCCUCAGAUCUGGAUCAGCACGUUCACUUGCACCAAAGCCUACUGCGCCUGCUCGCAAGCACCCAACACCAGACAACACUACCAUGCAAAGGAAGAUCCGUCCUAAGAUUGACUCCGCGAGGAAAGCAUCGCUUGUUUUGAACUCACUCCGCAAAUCUGUUCAAUCGCCGGACGUCAAAACGAAUGUCCAAUCACCUACACGAAGUCCCGUUUUCGAUCCUCUCAAUUCCCCAAUUCAAGAUGAAGAACCAGCCGGGUCUGGAAGUAUUAAGCAGUCCGAAAAAGGCCAAGUGGAGGAACCAGAGACCAUCGAGAUCUCGGAAAAGGAACUGGCAAUCCAAAUGCGCAUCGCCGAAAGGAGGAGGAAAGUCUUGUGGCCCGGCAUAUGGACUCUAUUCGCACUGGCUGGCACGUAUGGCACCCUCGCCUAUCUGGACGUCAAAAAUGGGAUACCGAGCUCGGAUGGCAGUCACCUUCCCGAACGCGCGCAACUUCCUCAGACCUGGUAUCUCACGCCUACUGUUAUUCGCGAAGGCAUCGUGGCUGGCUGGAGGGAACUCGACAGCCUCACGAUUGGCAUAGUCGUGGCGAGCGUUGCGAUACAUCUGCUGAAGAGGUCUCCUCUCCCGAUCUGGGAGAAGCUAAUCCACGUGACAGGCGAAGCAAAAUGGACAGCUUUCACAUACCCUCUUCUCAACUCGAACUGGACGCAUCUUGCAUUGAACAUGGCAGCGCUGGUCUGGCUCCUUCCGGGCGUCGUACACUACUUCGACGGCGAUCUCUUCCAUACAUCAGCAUUCUUGGUCAGCGUGCCGCUCAUCACGAGCUACCUGACGCACUUUGCAUACCGCUUCAACAUGACACAGGCCCUCGUUUUAAACGUUGGAGCUAGCGGUGCUAUUUUCGCUGCCUUUGGUGUCUAUUGCAUCGCAUAUGCGAAGGAGAAGCUCUGGGUGCCGACACUCUUCGUGUUGAGACUGGACGCAAGGGAAUGGGGUCUGAUGUUCGUCCUGUACCAGGCGUACAACAUGAUGCAAGCAUCGAAAAGCGGUAACAGGCCUGCGUUCCUGGUCCAUCUGAUCAGUUUCGCGCUUGGAAUGGCCUACGCUCACUUCAAUUUAAAGCACCAUCUGUGGAUCCCACUGGUAUCGGAGAUCUCGAGUACGCAGAAGUCAAGCAAUGAGACUGAGAAAUAA